UAUCAGCGAUUUUCUAUUGCAGCCAAAGCACAUUUUAAACAGGUGUGUUCAGUUCACCGAUAAUCGUUUUUAUCUGUUUGCUUAAAUUAAUAAUCCAUGUCGCGAGUUAGCCAUCCAUUCUUAUAUAUUUGGUCUAAUGCACAAAUGACAAACCAGGUGUCUCCUGUUGAGGAGCAGGAAAAGCUUCUGGAUGAGGCUUUGAAUUUGGUCAAAGCACAGGCUUUUCAAAUGAAAAGAUGCCUAGACAAGUCGAAGUUGAUGGAUGCUCUGAAGCAUGCAUCUACCAUGCUUGGAGAGUUAAGGACAUCUCUGUUGUCACCAAAGAGUUAUUAUGAGCUCUACAUGGCAAUCACAGACGAGCUCCGUCACCUCGAACUGUAUCUUCUAGAAGAAUUCCAGAAGGGACGCAAGGUUGCCGACUUAUACGAGCUAGUUCAGUAUGCUGGCAACAUUGUGCCUAGACUGUAUCUACUGAUAACUGUCGGAUUGGUGUAUAUCAAGACGAGUACUAGCUUGAGAAGGGAUUUGUUAAAGGAUUUGGUGGAGAUGUGCCGCGGAGUUCAGCACCCACUACGUGGUCUGUUCCUGCGCAAUUAUCUGCUUCAGUGCACAAGGAACAUCCUUCCCGAUAUAUCCGAAACACAGAAUGAGAGUGAAGGCACGGUACGGGACGCAAUCGACUUUGUUCUAAUGAACUUCGCCGAAAUGAAUAAGCUUUGGGUGAGGAUGCAACAUCAAGGUCAUUCAAGAGACAAGGAGCGUCGCGAACGAGAGCGCUCCGAACUCCGUAUUCUGGUGGGCACGAAUCUGGUGCGGCUAUCGCAGCUGGAGGCGGUCACGGUGGACGACUACCGGCGGCUCGUGCUGCCCGGCAUACUCGAGCAGGUGGUCAGCUGUCGGGACGCCAUAGCCCAGGAGUAUCUCAUGGAGUGCAUCAUACAGGUCUUCCCAGACGAGUUCCACCUGGCGAAUCUGCAGCCGUUCCUGAAGUCCUGCGCUGAACUGCAGCCCGGUGUUAACAUAAAGAACAUCAUUAUCGCACUCAUCGAGCGAUUGGCUGCGUAUAGUCAGAGAAACGAGGGCAACAUAAACCUCAGUGUUGUGAUGGAGGACGGUAAGGAACAAGAGGUGCAGCUAUUUGAAGUGUUCUCGGACCAAGUGGCUGCCAUCACACAGGCCCGUGUGGAUAUGCCAUCAGAGGAUAUGCUGAGUUUGCAGUUAGCAUUAUUGAAGCUGGCGCAGCGCUGUCACCCCGACAAACUCAGUUACGUGGACAGAGUACUGGCGCAUACGGACAAAAUAUGCGCCGACGAAAAGAGCAACAGCGGCAAGACCCACCUGGAAAGCAACAUGCCGGUCUUCAAAGAGCUGAUGAAGAUACUAAAGCUGCCGGCGGACCACUACAAGAACAUCCUGACUCUGAUCAAGUUGCAGAACUAUGCGCCCCUCAUCAAGCACCUGAACUACAACGGCAGGAUCAUGAUAGCCGUGCACCUGAUAAAUGAUGUAUUGGAAACUGAUACCCUGAUAUCCACGCCCGAAGAUGUCGAGUCCGUGCUGUCGAUGCUGGACGUUCUGGUCAAAGAUCAGCCCGACCAGCCCACCACAGAGCCUGAUGUCGAAGACUUCAUGGAGGAACAGGGGCUGCUUGCCAGACUGAUCCACCACUUCAAAUCGGAUUCAGCCGACCAGCAAUACCUGAUCCUGAGCGCGGCCCGCAAGGCACUUCAAGGCGGGGGAGCGCGUCGCAUCCAACAUACCUUCCCGCCGAUACUCUUCCACGCUUAUCGACUCGCCUUCCUUUAUAAAGACCUUCGGGAUCAGGACGAAAUGUGGGAGAAGAAAUGCCAGAAAAUAUUCCAGUUCUGUCAUCAGACGAUCAGUACGCUCGUCAAGGCGGAGCUAGCUGAGUUGCCCUUAAGAUUAUAUCUCCAAGGCGCUCUGGCAAUAAGCGAGAUCGGCUUCGCGAACCACGAGACAAUAGCGUACGAGUAUCUGUCGCAGGCGUUCUCGCUGUACGAGGACGAGAUAUCGGACAGCAAGGCGCAGCUCGCCGCUAUCACGCUCAUCAUUGCCACCUUCGAGUUUUUAUAUAUAUAUGGUGCAGAGAAUGCGGAACCGAUGCGUACACAAUGCGCGCUGGCUGCCAGCAAACUCCUCAAGAAGCCUGAUCAGAGUCGUGCGGUGGCGUUGUGUGCACAUCUCUUCUGGAAAGGACCUAAGGAUGGGCAGCAGUGGGCGCUGAACGAGCCCGGUCGCGCGCUGGACUGCCUGAAGAAGGCGGCGCGCGUGGCGCAGCAGUGCAUGGACGGCGGCGUGCAGGCGCAGCUGCUGGCCGAGCUGCUCGGCCGCUACGCGCUGCUGCGCCACCGCGGCAACCGCGCCCUCACCGCCGGCCUCAUCGACGCGGUUAUACAGAAAAUCCGAGAAGAGUUAGCCAACCUGGACCAAUCGGAGGAAGUGGAGCAGAUCACCAAGCACUUCCACAACACGCUGCAGCAUCUCAAAAACAGAAUGGAGUGUCCAGACCCUGACGGUCUCGGGUCCGAGGGUCUAGUGCUCUCUUAGAACUGAAUAUUUCAGUGUGGUGUAUUUAUUUCUUUUGACAAAUUAUAGUUAUAUAUUAAAGUUAUUAAAGUCUGACUUUUGGAGUGUUUGCGAUGAGCUUGGAAACCGAUUUCAAAAAAGAUUAAUAUUAUUCUACAAUUUUUUUAUGUAUGUACUCAGAUUGGCGGACGUCUGGGUCUGAGUUUGGCACGGUCUUUUAUUAAUUUAGUCAAGAUUACUUUAACGACCUCUAAAUUUCCCAUAUUUGCAUAGAACUCAUAAGAGGAAAAUGUAAUUUACUAUUACCACACAAGCCAAGUAGACUGUUACAGAGUUCUGUUUACAGUUUUCUUUCCCUAAAUGCGGUUUUUAGUGGAACAAAAUCUUUAAAAUUAUUCCGUUAUCUUUUUUUUUGGCAGCCAAUAUCUGAUUAUUUGGUGAAUUUAAAUUGGAUUUUAGGGUUCAUUCUGUGACAAUAUUUGCAUUAUUUGUCACUUUAAAAUAUUAAUAAUGUUUCUGAUUAUAAUAACUAUGGCUUCAUUUAAUUAUUUUAAAACAUAAUCAUAGAAUAAGUUGCACGUAUAUCUAUCCCAUGAAAUUUUGCAAUUAUAUGUUUAUUUAUUAUUAUUAUUAUUUUUUAACAAAGUAGUGAGAUUGCAACCAUGUUAUUCCAUUUGAAAAAGCUCUUUAGCAAGUGUUGUGGAGUACAGUAAAUAACUGCAUUACUUUAUAUUUUUAUUUAUCCGGUUCUGAAAUGUCAUUUUUUUACGAUUGGUAAUGACAAUUAGCCCCAUAAACUAUUUAUGUAUUUAUGAUAAAUCUCUCGCAAAACUUCACGGAGCCCUGCGGUCUGCGGCGGAGUUUGUGUAAGGCCUAAGAGCAUCUCUAAAAUUAGAUCAUUUUAGAGAAAGCUUUAGAGCAGGGCUCUCCAAACUAGAUAGGAUUUAGGGCCAAUAAAAAUUACUGAAUUCAUUGUGGGACUGCAAAAUAUUUGUAAAAACAAAAUGCAGCUAUAAUAUCCAUUAUUUUGUUAUUGUGUUCCUUUUUCAUUAAUUUAUCUUUUACAAUUCUGUCAAUAUUAACAUAAAUAUUGGUAGUAGCUAGAAAAGAUUUGGCGGGCCGCAUGUGGCCCGCAGGCCAUCGUUUGGUCAGCUCUGGUUUAAAGUAUUGUGACGUUUCAGAAUCAGUCCUAUUAUUUUAAAUUCAAUAAUUUACUAAACACUGGAAUGUCAUUUAUAUAAACACAUUCCGAAGUAUGUAUUGUUAAUCGUUUGAACUGUAAGUCGUGUAAAUAUAUUAUGAUUUGAAAUUAUGUAAUAGCGAUAUUUUAGUUUUAAACAUGUUCUAUGUAUGAUUUUCAAGAAAUCAAUAAAAGCAAUAUAUUUAGUGUUA